GCGCUUCUAAAGUGGAGUUUCCUGUAAACGAUCUGCAACCACACACGUACACAGCUUGGCCAACCACUCUAAAAAUGUUCCAACGAGAUCCACGAGCCGGAGUCUUCAUGGGAGGAGAUCGCGUAUCUGGACAAGAGAUUCGCGAUCAGAAUGUCACGGCUGCUCUAUCGAUAUCAAACAUCGUAAAGAGUUCAUUAGGACCUCUUGGUUUGGAUAAGAUGCUCGUAGAUAACAUCGGCGAAGUCACAAUAUCCAAUGAUGGUGCAACAAUAUUGGGUCUAUUGCAUGUAGAGCAUCCAGCUGGACGCAUUUUUGUUGAUUUGGCACAAAAGCAAGACAAGGAGGUCGGCGAUGGAACUACCUCCGUCGUGAUCAUUGCUGCUGAGCUAUUAAAACGUGCGAACGAUCUUGUCAAGAUGAAAAUACAUCCGACCACAAUUAUCACUGGUUAUCGCCUGGCGUGCAAGGAGGCGUGCAAAUUCUUGGUAGAUCAAUUGAGCCACAAGGUAGAUGCUCUCGGAAGGGAUACAUUAAUCAACGUGGCAAAGACAACCAUCAGCGAUGAUGACUUCUUUGCUCCUAUGGCAGUCGAUGCUAUGCUCGCUGUCAAAACAAUAACAGCAAGAGGAGACAUCCGUUAUCCAGUCAAAGCGGUAAACGUUUUGAAGGCACACGGCAAGAGUGCAAGAGAGUCCCUCUAUGUAAAGGGCUAUGCACUGAAUUGCACAGUCGCUAGUCAAGCUAUGAAGACGAGGAUUGUCAAUGCCAAGAUUGCAUUGCUCGACCUUGACCUCCGGAAACAGCGUAUGCACUUGGGUAUACAACUACAAGCAGAUGAUCCCGAGCAGCUCGAGUUAAUGAGAAAGAGGGAGUCCGAGAUCGUCCUUGAGCGUGUCAAAAAGAUCUUGGCAGCGGGUGCCAAUGUGGUUUUGACGACCAAAGGAAUUGACGAUCUAUGCUUGAAGGAAUUUGUUGAAGCAGGCGCAAUGGCUGUCCGACGUUGUCGAAAGGAGGACCUCAAGCACAUUGCUAAAGCCACCGGCGGUACCAUCGUCGCGAGCUUGACAAACUUGGAGGGAGAAGAGACCUACGAAGCUACCAACCUUGGUCUCGCAGAAGAGGUUGUGCAAGAGCGUAUUUCGGAUGACGAGUUGAUCUUGAUCAAGGGAACCAAGACGGUAAACUCAUCCUCGAUCAUCUUGAGAGGAGCAAACGACUAUAUGUUGGAUGAGAUGGAGAGAGCCUUACACGAUUCCUUAUCUAUCAUCAAGCGAACCCUUGAGAGUGGCUCUGUCGUCCCUGGUGGAGGCGCCGUAGAAACCGCCUUGAGCGUCUAUCUAGAAAACUUUGCAACAAGUUUGGGCUCGAGAGAACAGUUGGCCAUUGCUGAAUUUGCAAACGCUCUCUUGAUCAUCCCAAAAACUCUCGCCGUAAAUGCCGCCAAAGAUUCGACCGAGCUAGUCGGAAAACUCCGAUCGUGCCACUAUCUUUCUCAAACGGCCCCCAAGGGUGAUCCAAAGAAGGCCGGUAUGCGAUACGGAUUGGACCUGAUCAAGGGCGAGAUCAGGGAUAAUGUCACGGCAGGAAUUCUAGAACCCUCUGGUACGAUAUAG